AUGAAGUUAUUAUUACUAUUUUUGUUGACAUCUAUUUUUGUAGUAUAAAGUGAGACAACAAAUAUUAGUUUAAGUUCACCUUGUUCAUGUACUUAACUUUUUGAAUAUGAUUGCUACAGAAAUUAAAAUUGUGUUUGGAAUAAGCUUUUACUAAGAUGUGAAAUUAAAUCAACAACAGAAGACACUAACACAAACACAAAUACUAAAAUAAGUUCAUAUUGUACUAAAUUUGGAUCUGAUAAAUGCUGGUAAGAAGAAGGAUGUGCUUACAUUUUAAAUGAAUGUGUUUAAUUUACAUCAUGUUCUAGUUAUCCUUUUAGUGUUUAAGAACUUUGUUAGAUGGUUUCGAGUAAAUGUAUCACAGAUGGUGAAAAAUGUGUUGAACUAGCUGAUUGUUACUAAUAUUCAACUCCUACAUCUUGUGUUAAAAAUUCAAAAGGAAAGUAUUGCUUUUGGGAUUAAUAUUGUCUCGAUGCAACAGAUUGUAUCAAACUUCCACUUUCAUUCAAAACAGAUGCUUAAUGUCGUGAAUAACUCCCUUAUUGUACAAUUAAUCCAAGAGGUGGAUGUCAGGUCAGUGGAUACAAUUGUGAAGAUCAAGAGUUUGAGAUGUAAUGCUAUUAUAAUCAAAAAUUGGGAUUAUGUGCAUGGGUUAAUGGUAAAUGUAUGAAUCGUUCAUGUGAAACUGCUCCAAAAUCUAUAAGAACUGAUGAAGCUUGUUAAGAAUAUUUUGAAGGCUGCACAUUAAUUGCAGAAGGAGGAUGUAGACAAAGAACAUAAUGUAAUGAUGUGACAAUUAAGGAAUCUUGUACAUAUAGUGCUAAUGGUUCUCUAUGUUUUUGGAAUGAAGGAAAGUGUUAUGAUAAAAAAUGUGAAAAUGCUCCUUAAAAUAUUAUUUGUUCUAGUUUUUAAGAAAAUUGUGUUCCAAAAUCUGUAGGAGGUUGUAUGAGUAUCGGUGAGUGCUCAAAAUAUGAUUUAGAAGAGAGUUGUAAGAUAGAUAAAGAUAAUAAUAAAUGUUUUUGGACAGGUAAUUAAUGUGUAUCACAUACAUGUGAGAGUGCCCCUUUAGAAUAUGUAACUCAUGAAUAAUGUGCAACUUAUAAAGAAGAUUGCACAGUAAAUAAUAGUACAUUUAAAGGUUGUUCAUAGAGAACUUGUGACAAUGCUCCAACGACUGCAACCACAUUUCUUAGAACAAAUUAUGAAUGCAAUAAAUAUAAAGAAGGUUGCAUAACAAAAUUAGGUGGAGGCUGUAAGUAAUUAAAUGAAUGUAGUGAUAUUGAUGUUGAAAUAGGUUGUGUAGUUGAUAAAUAUGGUAGAAAUUGUUUUUUUUAUAAUGGUGAAUGUGCAUUAAGAAUUUGUGAAAAUGCUCCAUUGUCUUUUAAUAGUCAUGAAUAAUGUUAGGAAUUUAAUAUAGAAUGUACAGUAGCACGGACAAAGAUUGGAUGUGUUAAGAUGGCAUGUUAAGUUUUAACUUCAUAAAGUACUUGUAAGGUAGAUUUAAAUGGUAAUCGAUGUUUUUGGACAGGUCUUUGUUAUACAAAGAGUUGUGCUAAUGCUCCAUUUGAAUAUGAUUCAGAUUUGAAAUGCAAAAAUUAUCUUAGUUCAUGUACGAUAGCAAAUAGUGGUCGUGGAUGUAUAAUUAGACCGAGUCAAUGCAAUUAAUUAGUUCUUGAAGAUUAAUGUUAUAUAACAUCAACAGGUUAAAUUUGUGGAUGGUUUGAAGGAGCAUGUUAUGACAAAGCUUGUUUUACAGCACCUUAUACUUCAGAUUAUGAUACUUAUGAAGAAUGUGAUAAUUAUUUAAGUGGAUGCACUGUUGCAAGUGAAGGAAAUGGAGGUUGUGUUCUUUUGGAUUCAUGCACAACUUAUACAGCUUAAAGAAGUUGUCGAUUUAAUAAUUUAAAUUAACUUUGUGAAUGGACUGGAAAUGCUUGUUAUGAUAAAGCAUGCACUACAGCUCCUUAAAAUGCUGAUCAUGAUUCAAAUGAAGAAUGUGAUGCUUAUUUAACUGGAUGUAUUGUUGCUCCUAGUGGAUAAGGAUGUGUUUUAAAACCAAGUAGUUGUGGAAUGAUGAGUACAAAUACUUAAUGUACAGAAACAUCUACAAAUUCACUUGGAGGACCAUGUGUUUGGGUUGGAACAUGUGUGAAUAGAACUUGCAAUAAUGCCCCUGUUUCCACUAGUUAUGAUACUCAUGAAGAAUGCUACACAUUUUUAUCUUCUUGCACGGUAGUUGCAAGUGGAAUUGGAGGUUGUAUGACAUAAUUAAGUACUUGUGGCUAAUAUACAACAUUUAGAUCAUGUUAAUUAGCAUCAAAUGGAUAGAAAUGUGCUUGGCAAUAUAAUUAAUGUUAAAAUAGAAUAUGUUCAUAUGCUCCUGAUACAGAUUAAUUUGAUUCUGAUUCAGAAUGUUCUACUUUCCUUAGUUCUUGUACAGUAGUCAGGAGAAUAAGUAAUUUAGGUUGUACAUCUAGAUUAAGCUAAUGUUAAGAUCUUACAGAAUAAUAAUGUAUCAGUGAUAGUAGUAAUAAUCUAUGUACUUGGGAUACAACUCUUGCUACUCCUCAUUGUAAAACUAGAUCUUGUUCAUUAAUGAUUGGAUACACUUAUACAUAAUCAAAUUGUAAGAAUUGGUUAUAAGGUUGUGUUGUUGAUAAUGCUUCAACUCACAUAAGUUGUAUGGCCUAAAAAAACAGGUGCUAUCAAUAUAUUUAUGAGGAUAAUUGUGAAUAUUCUACUUCAGAUGGUUACUGUACUUGGGAUGGCUCAUCUUGUGUUUCUCGAGAUUGUACUACAACACAAAAUAUAUCAGAUUUUAAUCACACAAAUUGUAAUAAUUGGUUAUCUUAAUGUACUGUUGCAGCUCCAACAAGUUGUAUUUAAAAACCUACAAACUGUGCUGAUUAUGUUAAUUAUGAUUAAUGUUAUAAGAAUUACUCAAAUCAUCCUUGUGCUUGGGUAGAUGAUGCAUGUAUUGAGAAGACAUGCAUUAAUCAUGGCUAUUCAGUUACUGUAUUUAGUUAAACUAAUUGCAAAAAUUGGUUGUCUUCAUGUUCUGCUAAUCCAGGAAAUACUGCUUGUGAAACUACAAGAACUUGUGCUAAUUUUACAGGAAGUACAUUUACUCAUUCUGAUUGCAAUACAUGGUUAUCUGAUUGUACAACUGAUGGAAGUUAAUGUAUUAAUAAAACAUGUACUAAUUAUGGUUCAAAUGUUACAACCUUCGAUAAUUCUACAUGUUCAACUUGGUUCAGUGAAUGCACAAAUGAUGGAUCAACUGCUUGUAAGAGUGCUAGAACUUGUUCCAAUUAUGGAAUCAAAGUUACUAUAUUUAAUCAUACUAAUUGUACCACUUGGUUAUCAUCAUGCACUAAUACAAAUUCAGCUUGUACAGCUAGAACUUGUACUAAUUAUGGAUAAAAUAUUUUAUUUUUUACUCAUGAUACUUGUAAUACUUGGUUAUCAUCAUGUACUGUCACUUGGGAUAAAUUAGGUUGUGAAACUAAAACAUGCACAAAUUAUGGUCAAUAAGUUACUACUUUUGAUAAUUCCAAUUGUUCAACUUGGCUAUCAGGAUGUUAAGCUAAUAUAAAUGCUACUGCUUGUGAAUCAACCAAUACUUGUCCUUCUGGAGCAUUUACAACUGUUGCUAAUUGUAAUAAUUAUCUAGAAUCUUGUACAUUUGUAAGUGCUGUAAGCACAUCUUAAUGUACUAAUAAAGUUUGCACAUCAACAUCAGGUAUAACAACAUUUAAUCAUAAAACUUGUUCGAAUUUUUAUAAAAUGUGUACAAGCAAUUCAGGUUCAACUAAUUGUGAAUGGAGAACGUGUUAUAAUCAUAAAGGAUUUAUUUCUUAUUUUUCUCAUGUAUCAUGUGAAAAUUGGUUGUUUUAAUGCACAGCAAAUAGUACAAAUACAGGAUGCACAGUAAAAACUUGUACUAAUCAUGGAGGUAAUGUAACAUCAUUUACAAAUACAGAAUGUAACAAAUGGCAUCCUUCUUGUAAUGGAACAGGUUCUGCAUGUUAAGAAAGUAGGACAUGUGCAAGUGCUCCAACAGGAUAUUAAUAUGAACAUUCAAAUUGUGAGGCAUAUUCUUUAAGUUGUACAAAAAAUAAUGCAACAACUUGUACUACUAAAACCUGCUCUAAAGCAAAUUCAGUAUUUUCCAUUUUUAAUCAUGCUAAUUGUUCAGAAUGGUUAAGUAGUUGUACAUCUGAUGCAACUUAUUCAGCCUGCACAGACAAAACUUGUACUAAUUAUAAAGAUCAAUUAAGUACAAUAAGCCAUGCAACAUGUUCUGGUUGGUUAUCAACUUGUACAAGCAACAAAGAAGGUACUGCUUGUGAAACAAUAUCUUGUUAUAAUCAUGGAUCUUAAGUUACUGUGAUAGAUAAUACUAAUUGUGGAAACUGGAAAAGUGGAUGUGUUGGAGGAGGAUCUACCUGCAGAAAUACUACAAAUACAGUUUGUGGGUCAUAUGUUGGAACUUUUAAUCAUCCAAAUUGUACAAGUCAUUUAAGUACAUGUACUCAUUCUGGAGGUACAAAAUGCAUAGUUAGAACAUGUUAAUUAGCAUCUUAGGGCAACAUUACAGUGUUCAAUCAUUAAAAUUGUAGUGAUUGGUAUUUAGAAUGUACAGCAAAUUCAAAUGGAAGUAGUUGUUAAUAUAGAACUUGUUAUAAUCAUGGAGAUUAUAUUGUUACAUUUAAUGCAAGUACUUGUUCUGGAUGGCUUUAUGGUUGCAAUGUGAAUUCAACGAAUGAUGGAUGUAUAAGUGAACGUACAUGUAGUAAUUAUGGAGCUUAUUUAACAGAAUUCACUCAUGAAACUUGUAGUAAUUGGUUGAGUACAUGUACAGUAGACUCUGGAAGUACAGCUUGCAUAGAUAGAACAUGUACAAAUUAUGGAAGUAACGUGACUGUGUUUAAUUAUACUAAUUGUAAUGCUUGGUUAGAUGGAUGUACUGGAACAGGUAGUUUUUGUGAAGCUAGAUCUUGUAGUAAUUUUUCAACUGGAGCCAUUCCUUACACUGAAGCUAAUUGUUAUAAAUGGUAUUCUUAUUGUAAAGUUAAUAAUUCUCUUACUGCUUGUAUAAGUACACGUACAUGUACUAAUUAUGCUGGUAAUAUAACUACAUUUGACCAUUCAAAUUGUAAUAAUUGGCUAUCAGAUUGCACUGUCGCAUCAGAUGGAAACAGUUGUGAAACUAAAACUUGUACUAAUAGUAAUAUUACUUCAGGGAAUUUCAAUUUAACUAAUUGUAAUUCAUGGUUAUCAGGAUGUAUAGCUAAUAGUUCCGCAGACAAUUGUGAGACUGUAAAAACUUGCGAAAAUGCAAUAUCUAAUCUUACUACAUUUGAUCAUUCAACUUGCUCAAGUUGGAAGAGUUCAUGCACUUAUGAUAAAGCAGGAACUACUUCAACUGGAACAGCCUGUAUUGAAUUUAUAUGUUCUAAUGCUUAAUUGACUGCAUUUAAUCAUUCUGAUUGUUAAACCUACCAUAGCAGUUGCACAGUAAAUUCUACUGCUGAUGGAUGCGUUGAGUUCAUAUGUACAAAUGCUGUCAAUUCUAUUUCUACAUUUACAGACGAUGAUUGCAAAAGCUAUAAAGUUACAUGUACUGUAAAUAGUUCUGAUAAUAAUUGCGAAGAUAAAACUUGUGCUAAUGCAUCACGUACUUUGUCAAAUACUAUUUCAGAUGGUAAUUACAAUCAUGAUGAUUGUAAUAAUUGGUUACCAUCCUGCACCAUUAAUAAUUCAAGAAAUGGAUGUGAAACUAUGACUUGCGCCAAUGCAUCAAACUCUAAUGGCAUUACUAUUACUAUAGACUAAGAUUUUAGUUGUACAAAUAGUUGGAUGUCUUCUUGUGAUUUGCACACUUCAAAUAGUUAUUGUGUUGAUAAGACAUGUCUUACAUUUAGGGAUACAUUAUCAGCUUUAAAUUGCGCUAGUUAUUUAUCUGGAUGUACAUAUUAUGGAAAUUAUGAUAAUACCACUUCUUGUACUUCUACAGUAAGAACAUGUGCUAGUGCAGUUACAGCCCAUGAUAAUGGUUAUGACAUUGUUAGUUAAGCUGGAUGUAAUUUAUGGAAAUCUGGCUGUGCUUAUAGAGGCACAGGUAAUUAUGGCUGUGAAGAAAGAACAUGUUCAAAUUAUGUAAGUGCAAAUUAAUCUAAUCCAACAUCUUAUGCUUAAUGUAAUAGUUGGUUAGCUACUUGCACAUAUGAUAAUAUUAAUUAAAUAUGUGUAGAAAAAAACUGUUCUAACUUUUCUUAAUCUUCACCAUCCUAAAAUAAUUGUGUUGCUUGGAACCCUUAAUGUACAAUCAAUUCAACAUCAACAGGUUGUGAAAAAAAAAAUUGCACCAACUUUUCAUACGUCUCUUAGGUCUUUAAUGACACUGAUUGUGAACUCUGGUGGUUUAAUUGUAAAGCAAAUUCAGCCAAAACUGCUUGUGUAGCAAGUUGCACUACAACUACUGUUACUACAUUUAACUUUGAAAAUUGUUAAAAUUGGGAUACUAUGUGCUCAGUUAAUAGCGAUAACAAUAAUUGUGAAAAAAGAAGUUGUUUAAACCCUUAGCUAGCAUCCUACACUGAUACUACAUGUUCAGAGUGGUUAUCAACUUGUACAAAUAAUGGAAAUACAAGUUGUAAAGAUAGAACGUGUUAUAAUUAUUAAACAAAUUUAUUAUUAUUUUCAUCAACCACUUGUGAAAAUUGGUGGUCAUUAUGCACUAAUUAUAAAACUUAAGGUUGUAUGCCUAAGAAAUGUGAAAAUUUUACAGGGACUGUUAAUGAUAGCAAUUGUUAAUCUUAUCUAUCCUAUUGCAUAGCAAAUACAACAAAAACAAAAUGUAUAACUAAAAGAACAUGUACAAAUCAUGGAUCAGUAGUUACUACGUUUACGCAUGUCAAUUGUGAAAGCUGGAAUAGUAAUUGUACUAAUAAUAGUAAUAAUACCGCUUGCAUUGAAAAAACUUGCAGUAAUAUAAAUUUAAGUGCAGUAAUUUAAAUAAAUUCAUACACAUGUAAUGCUUGGAAAACUAGUUGUGCAUUUAUUAAUGGAAGUUGCACAGAUAAGACUUGUACUAAUUCAGAAUUGGUUGGCAGUGAUGUAACAUAAACAAAUUGUAGUGAUUGGUUGCCAUAUUGUACAGCAAAUAAUGCUAUUUGGCCAUAAUAUUGCGAAUUAAAGACUUGCUAAAAUCAUUCAUUAGUAACAAUAAGUUAAGCUAAUUGUUAAAAUUGGCUUUCUUAUUGUAGUGUGAAUUCUGCAGGAACAGCAUGCAUGACUCAUCGAACAUGUAGUAAUUAUGGAAUAAAUAUUUUAACAUUCAAUCAUAUUAAUUGUGAAGCCUGGAUGUAUUAUUGUACAGUGAAUAAUGCAAAUGAUGGAUGUAUGAACAAAACUUGUUUUAAUACUAAUUUGACUGUUUUUAAUGAUUAAACUUGUGGAUAAUGGUUGAAUACCUGUAAAGCCAAUUCAUCAAACACAGGAUGUGAAAUAAGAACUUGCACAAAUUAUGGUAAUUAGUUAACAAGUUUUACUUCAGCAACAUGUUCUUAUUGGUUGUAUUAAUGUACAAAUGAUACAACAGUUGGUUGUAAGACUACUAGAACAUGCACAAGUUAUAAUAAUGUAAUAUAAAAUUUUUCAUUGUAAACCUGCUCAGAAUAUUUAAGCACAUGUGUUCCAGAUCCAACAAAAUCAACAUGUUUAAUAAGAACUUGUAGUAAUGCUUAAGAAUUACCUUCAUAUACACAAUAAAAUUGUUCAAAUUGGUUGAAUAGUUGCACUGUUAAUUUAACUAAUGAUGGUUGUAUAGAUAGAACAUGCUAGAAUGCAUCUCUUUCCUUUUAUAAUUUUAAUAGUUGUUCUAGUUGGUUAAGUUCUUGUACUGUUAAUACAACAAAUGAUGGUUGCACUGAAAAGACAUGUAGUAACAGCACAGUUAUUUAAUUUACAUAAACUAAUUGCACAGCUUGGUUAAGUACAUGUACAAAUGGUACAAAUACUUGUAUUAAUAAAACAUGUUCAAAUUAUACUGGUACUAUUAAUCAAACAAAUUGUAUUGCUUGGUUACCUUAUUGUUAUGCUGAUUCUACAUCUUAAACUUAAUGUUACAGUUUGAGAAAUUGUUAUAAUCAUAAUUUAACUACAUUUACUGUUGCUACAUGUAGCUUAUGGUCUCCAUUAUGUACUGUUAAUACUACAAAUAAUGGAUGUGUUGAAAAAACUUGUUAUAAUAAUAAUUUAACCAAAUUUAGUCAUGUCACUUGUUCAGAUUGGUUAUCAACAUGUACUGUCAAUAUGGAUGCGACUGGUUGUGAGAUUAGAUCAUGUACAAAUUAUGGAAAUAAUAUUGCAGUAUUUAAUAAUACAAAUUGUAAAGCAUGGUAAAAAUAUUGUAAAGUAACAACUUUGGCAAAUGCUUGUGAACCAGUUACUUGUUGGAAAAAUUCUGAAAGUGUAUUUAAUCAUACUAAUUGUUAUACUCACUUGGAUUAAUGUACUGUUGCAGAUUCAACAUCUUGUGGAUCAACAAGAACUUGCACUAAUCAUGGUAGUGCAGUAACUAUUUUUAAUCAUGCAAAUUGUUAAUUUUGGUUAACUAAAUGUACUGUAAAUUCUGCAGGAACAGCUUGUGAAGAAAUGACCUGUACAAAUCAUGGGAUUUAAGUAACUAAAUUUACUCAUGCAAAUUGUUAAAAUUGGAUAUUUGAUUGUACUGUUAAUUCAACUGGUACAGAUUGUGAAUUAAAAACAUGUUCUAAUUAUGGUGCUAAUGUAGUUGUUUACACUCAUGCUAAUUGUUUUGCUUGGUUAUCAAAUUGCACUGCAAAUUCAACUAAUAGUGCAUGUAUUAAUAAAACAUGUCUUAAUACUACUGGAAUUAGUACAUGGACUUAGGCUAAUUGUGAGUCAUGGUUAAGUGUUUGUUAAUUAAGUAAACCAACUACUUGUAAAACUAAUGUUUCAAGUUGUUCAUCAGCAACAUAUAAUUAAUGUGUGAAAGCUACAAAUAAUAAUAUAUGUGUGUGGCAUUAAAAUUAAUGUAAAAAUAGGGCUUGUGAUAAUUUUAUUGGAACAGCAAAUCACACUAACUGUUAAAAUUGGUUCAGUACUUGCACAGUCAAUACUACUAAUACAGGAUGCACCACAAAACCAACUAACUGCACUAAUGGGGGAGUGACUUAAGACUAAUGUGUUCUAAGCAGUUCUAAUGUUAAAUGUGCUUGGAUUGGAGGUACUUGUGUUAAUAGAACAUGUGCACAAUAUUCUGGUACAUUCAAUCACUCUAAUUGUUACAAUUGGUUAAAUACUUGCACAGUUAAUAGUGCUUCUAAUGCUUGCGAAAGUUUAUCAACUUAAUGUACCUCAUAUGCUAUCGAGGAUUAAUGUAAUUUAACCAAUUCAGGCACCAUAUGCUUUUGGGAUGUCAAUAAAUGUGUUAUUAGAACAUGUGAACACGCUUCUCAAACUUCUGAUUAUAAUGAUCAUACUAAAUGUUUUACAUUUUUGAAUACAUGCACAGUUGCUCGAUUUGGAGGAUGCACAGAUAAAUUGGCUGCUUGUUCUACAUAUAAAUAAUAAUCUUAAUGUUAUUAAAGUUCAUCUGGAGUUAAAUGUUAUUGGAAUACUUUAACUUCUUUAUGUACAGAUGCUAUUUGUACAAAUGCAGUUUCAACUUUAACAACUCAUUAAGAUUGUUAAGAUUUUUUGAAUACUUGCACAGUGAAUACUGCAGGAGGUUGUAUUCCUUUGGUAGCAUGUAAUUUAUACACUACUCCUUAAUCAUGUGUGAAAUCUAACACUGGAGAUACUUGUGAAUGGUAAACUUAAACAAGUACUUGUAAUAUAAAAUCUUGCACAACUGCUGCACUAGAUAACACAAGAGAUACUCAUGAAGAAUGUUAAGAUUACCUUUCAAAUUGUACAGUAACUGCUACAGGAGUAGGUGGUUGUGUUGCUUUGAAUGAUUGCAAUAAUUAUGUUUCUGAGAGAUAAUGCAAAAUAAAUUUAAGCGGGUCUUUAUGUGGAUGGAAUGGUUUAGUUUGUGCAAAUCGUUCUUGUUAGACUGCUCCUCCAACAGUAACAUAUAGUAAUGAUAGUGCUUGUUAAAAUUAUAUGGAUGGAUGUACAGUAGUUGAAACUGGAUAUGGUUGCAUAUCUAGAAAAGCAGAUUGUUCAGAUUAUAAAAUAAGUAAAUAAUGUGUAAAAACAAUAACAAACUAAUUAUGUUAUUGGAAUAUGGAAUUACCUAUAGCAGCUUGUGAGAUUAGAACGUGCUUUAAUGCACCUAGUGAUUCACUUACACCUGAAUUAUGUGAAUAACAUUUAAAUUUGUGUUAUUCUAACAUGCAGUAUUGUAGAUUAGAAGAAUGUGAAGAUCUCUCAUUCUCAACAGAUUUUGAAUGUAAAUAUUACAAUAGUAAAUGCACAACAGAUGGUACUAAAUGUGUAUUAAGAAAGAAAUGUUCAGAUGUAUAAAAUAGUGCUGGAUGUGUGAUGGAUGAUAAAUUUAAUGAAUGUGAAUGGUAUAAUUAAGAGUGUGUAUUAAAAACUUGUUAGACUGCACCUGCUUUUAAAACUGAAUUGGAAUGCAAUCUCUAUAAAGAAGGUUGUACAACUAAAUUAUUUGGAGGUUGCAGAGAAAAGACUACUUGUACAUAAGCUAAUGUAGAAUAAGCAUGUACAACAUCUAGUAAUGGUGAAAUAUGUGUUUGGGAACAAGGUUUUUGUAGGGCAUAAAAAUGUGAAGAUUUUUAAGGUAGUUAUGAUGAAAUUUGUGAUGAUUAGAAGAAAGGAUGUGUAAGCGAUGGAAUAAAAUGUAUUCUACCUAGAUAUUGUUCAUAAUUACUUACAAAAGAUGAAUGUAUCAAAGGUGUAGAUGGUCCAUGUAUUUGGUAUGAAUUUGGUUGUACACUAUUUCUUUCUUGUUCUAGCAUUUUAAGUAAUCUAGAUAGCACAUGUAAAUCUGCUAAUAGUUUAUGUACUACAGAUGGUUUCAGAUGUGUUGGAUUAGAUAAAUGUUCUAAUUAUCGAAUAUAAGAAGCAUGUAAAACUGGUUUAGAUGGAAAUUGUUUGUGGAUUGAAUCAUAAUAGAGGUGUCUUUUGUUUGCAAAGUGUUCUGAUUUACCUUAUUUAACUCACAAUGAUUGUUAAAAUGCUUCAUCAAAAUGCACCACAGAUACUUUAAAUGGAUGUAUUGAUUUAACAGAUUGUUUCAAUUACAAGUAGAAAGAAUAAUGCAUAAUAAGUUCUUAAUCACAAAAAUACUUAAAUAAUUAAGUAAUAUAAACAGGAUACUGUGCAUGGGUAAAUAAUAAAUGUCGAGAUCAAUAGUGUGAAGAUUUAAGUGGUGAAACCCAUGAAUCAUGUGAAUCAAAACUAAAAGGAUGUACUUCUGAUGGAACUAAUUGUGUUUCAAUGAAACUUUGUUCUAAGUAUACUAAUAUUAUCACCUGCAAUCUUGCUUUAGGAACUGAUGGAAAAUGCUUUUUUUCUAAUAAUGGUUGCAGAAUUCUUGAAUGCUCGGAUAUUAAAAAUGGAACUAAUCAUUUUACCUGUUAGAGUUUCAAAUCUACUUGUAUAUCUAAUGGAGAAUAAUGUAUACCAUAAGUAAAAUGUGAGUUAUAUCCAAAUUAAUUUGCUUGCACUUAUUUAGGAUUGGAUGGAUAAUGUGCUUGGAAUGGAUCUAAAUGUGUUUUGAUGAAAUCUUGUGAAGAUGCUCAUAUAGAUAUGAUAGCUUGUCAAAGAAUGAAUGAAUUCUGUAAUUGGAAAUCAGAUGUUAAUGGUACUUCAGAAUGUCUUCCUCAUACAUGUUAAACUAAAGGUGUUCUGAAUUAAUGUAAUUAUAUCAAAGAUUUUAAUGCUAAAACGAUAACAACUUGUAUAUGGUCUAAUGAAUUUUGUCAAUCUGUUGAUCCUCGAAAUCUAUAAAGUAAUGAAUGCAAUUUAAACACUUAAAAUACAUAUCGAUGGAAUCCACUUAAUAAUACUUGUGAGUCUUGCUCUCUUUAAUCAGUCAAUUACACUAAUACAACAGUUGUCAGCUAUAUUCAUUUAUUAUCGAUAAUGAUAAUAUAUGCAAUGUUAUUUUGA